AUGGGAGACCUUCCACCGGCAUCCCUAUCCAAAACGCAGGUACUGGGCGUUAUAUACGCUCCAUCCUUGGGGGAGAGCUAUAGAAGGCAUAUGGCACUCAUUCACCGAGACCAUCAGCUCUCUAACUUGGGGACCCUUCUUGGCUUUCUGACGCUGAACGGUAUCAGCACGGGCCAUCUCACCAUAAAAGAUGGAGAGGAUGUCCAUGAAUUUGGACCAGAUGAGGAGCCUCGUGUUCUGUUGUGCGUUCGUUCGGGCGAAUUUUGGACGAGGGUCGCCUUGUUCACAGACCUCGGACUUGCAGAGUCCUUCAUGAGUAGUAUCGUCGACUGUAAUGAUGUAUCAACACUAGUCAAGCUGUUGAUUCUCAAUCGCGAUCAUCUAUCGCAGUCGCUCAAAAGCUUUGCAUCCUCUUUACUUGCACGAGGGCGAUUGCUCACGUCUUACAAUUUCGUCGGGAACUUGUCCAAUUCUAAAGCCAACAUAUCCGCCCAUUACGACAUUGAGAAUGAGUUGUUCAGCGCUUUUCUAGGCCCAGACAUGACCUACUCUUCCGCCAUCUUCUCCAAGAUAGACGCGGAUCUCACUGGUGUUCCGGAGGACACACUAGCAGAUGGCCAGAUGCAGAAAAUGAAGAUGAUCCUGAAAAAAGCCGAUAUCCGACCCGGAGACCGUGUAUUAGAGAUAGGAACGGGAUGGGGAUCGCUAGCCAUCCUAGCAGCCGAAACUAUCCCCGGUUGUAAGAUCGACACUAUCACCAGUGCUUCCACCCAAGCCGCUUUCGCAAGGAAACGGAUCAAGGAAGCCGGGCUGUCCGAUUUCAUCACGGUACACGAGAUGGACUACCGCGAAUGUUUCAUCAAACCCGAAUGGGCCGGAGCCUUUGACCGUUUUAUCAGCGUGGAGAUGAUCGAACAUGUGGGUAGGGAUUUUCUGACUGAGUAUUGGAAGGUGGUCGAUUGGGCGGUGAAACGAGACACCGGGCUGGGGGUGGUACAAGUCAUCACCUUCCCGGAAGCUCGAAUCGAGUCAUACCAUUCGGAAGGUGUCGACUUCAUGCAAAAAUGGUUUUUUCCUGGAGGGUACCUUCCCACACCGUGUAUCCUCAUGGAGGCUAUGAAGGCGGGAAGCUCCGGACGUCUUACGGUCGACUCUAUAGUCAACAUUGGGCCGCACUACGCGCGCACGCUGCGUGAGUGGAAACGGAACUUUGUAGAUGCUUGGGAAGGGACGAUAUCCCCGGCGCUGGUCCGGAAGUACAAUCUGACACCUGAUGAGCAAGAAGUCUUCCGCAGGAAGUGGAUCUAUUUCGUUUUGGCCAGUGGGUACAGCGAAGCAGGGUUUUCGACCCGGACUUUGGGGGAUCAUAUCGUUACGUUUACUCGCGAUGGAAACACGUCUCUUCGCUGCGAGGUGUCAAACUGUUCUUAG